GGCCAAUUCAUUCCACUGCAAAGUUGGGAAAGUUAAUGAUUCUUUUGACUUUAAGACUGAAUUCCAUCUCCGCCAUCUGCCACGACCUCUACAGCUGGGACCUAACGCCACGCGCACAGUCUGUCAGCAUGUCAGAGGACGGUGUGUGGUUCGAAGGGAUCCUUUUCCCGAAUUUUUACCAAACUGAAAAUUUAAGAACAGCAUGUGAGAAGUUUGUGAUGAAGGAUGAAGACACAGUAAUCGUGUCUUACCCCAAAUCAGGAACCCUAUGGUUGAUGGAAAUUCUCUGCCUGAUUCACUCACGCGGGGACCCCAAGUGGGUUCAAUCAGUGCCCUUCUGGAAGCGCUCACCCUGGAUAGAGAGAAGGGACACCGAGCAGUUAGACAGAGACUUGGAGGGCCCGCGCUUCUUCACCUCCCACCUUCCUUUCCACCUCUUCCCCAAGUCCUUCUUCACUUCCAAGGGCAAGGUGAUUUAUAUCAUCAGAAAUCCCAGAGAUGCUCUUGUGUCUGGCUAUUUUUUCUGGAGCAGGACCAACUUUGUUAAGAGUCCAGACUCACUGGAACAGUUCUUUGAACAGUUCAUCCAAGGAAAUGUGCCCUAUGGAUCAUGGUUUGAGCACAUUCGUGGCUGGAUGUCCGUGAGACACAGGGAGAACGUCCUGCUGCUGAGUUAUGAGGAACUGCAGAAGAACCCAAGAAGCACCAUAGAGAGGAUCUGUCAGUUCCUGGGGAAGAAGCUGAGUCCAGAAGAACUGGACUCCGUCCUCAAGAACAGCUCCUUCCAAGUCAUGAAACAAAACAAGAUGUCCAACCUUGCUGUCCUUCCUGAGGAGCUCAUGAACACCGGGUUCUUAGUUACAAGAAAAGGCACCUGUGGGGACUGGAAGAAUCACUUCACGGUGGCCCAAGGUGAAGCCUUUGAUAAGCUGUACCAGGAGAAGAUGAAAGGUUUUCCUGGGGGGCUGUUCCCCUGGGAAUAAUGUCUGAAAACUUCCAGAUCUCACCUGGUUCCCUGCUUCAUCUCCUGUCCCUGCACCUGUACCUCAUGGGGGUUCGUGGCAUAAAUCCUAUGGCUCGAGUUAUCAAAUUAAAGAGGUGGAAACUCA